AUGCCUCCAAAGUUUCGUGGUGCCAACUUUCUUAAACCAAAACAACCCAACAUCCAUCCUCGCAAUCAGCUUAAAGAAUGGCAUCUUUUUAAAGGCGAUAUGGUUCAGAUUGUAGGUGGUGAGAAGGAUGUCGGUAAACAGGGCAAGGUUCUGGAAGUCAUCAAGCAGUUGAAUAGUGUUAUUGUGGAGGACUGCAAAUUGGGAGUCAAGCAUGUCAAACCCAAUCCAUUCUAUCCAAAGGGUGGUCGUAUCCACAAGGAAAUGCCAAUUCAUUAUACUCAAGUUCAGCUGGUAGACCCAACUAUUUCGAGACCCACAGAGACCAAGUUAUUUUGGGAAUACGAUCAUUUAAAACAUCGCAAAGUACAGCGACGACUGUCUCUGGCAACAGACACGGUCAUUCCAGUACCAGAACCAGAAAAUCCCUUUAAAAAGCUAGAAGAAGGUGCGCUUGAUACCAAACCUGCAAUUGUAUCCCAGGUGACUUGGACUCCUGAUAUUACUCAAUGUCCUUUUCCUCCUCCAUUCAUGAAUGAGCUAGAAAGAAUGCGUCGAAAAAACAGAGAGGCCCAGGCUUUAUAA